AUGAAGUGGAAUCUUGCCUUCCAGCUGGCCCUUCUGUGCUUCCUUAGCCCUGCUGAAGGAACUAGGAGACCUCGGAUCAUGGGUACUUACCAUACACUGUCUACAGUUCCAGCUCAGCCUAGGCCUACAAAACUAGUUAGAACUUCGUGGGACACACCCAUGACCACUUCGUGGGCAGCAGGUGGUGCUGUGAACAAGCCGUUUUCUAAUUUCACUGGCUAUGUGAAUGACCGUGGGAUCUGCCAGUGUGCCAUCUCCCUGCCAGACACGACCUUUCCUGCGGAUAGAGUGGAACGCUUGGAGUACACGGCGCGCAUCCUGUCUCGGAGGUUUGAGGCAGAACUUUCUAAAGUGAAGGAAUAUAUCCAAUCAAUCAAAGUGUAUGAAAAGAGACUCGUAAACCUCACUGUCCGAGUAGGGAUCAUGGAAAAGGAUAGCAUUUCUUACACAGGACUGGACUUGGAGCUGAUCAAGAUAGAAGUUAAGGAGAUGGAAAAAUUGAUCGUAAAACUGAAGCAGAACUUUGGUGGAAGCUCAGUUAUUGUCGACCAACUGGAAGUGGAGAUAAGGAAUAUGACUCUCCUGGUAGAGAAGCUGGAGACGCUCGACAAAAACCAUGUCCUUCAAAUUCGUAAAGAAAUCUGGACUCUGAGAAACAAGCUGAAAGAAUGUGAGGAAUCUAAAAGGGAACUGAGUGCUGUCCCUCUGCCCCCCCCAGCUCCGGGGAGCUGCGCCCAUGGUGGUGUGGUGAACAUCAGCAAACCCUCAGUGGUUCAGCUCAACUGGAAAGGAUUUGCCUAUAAGUAUGGUGCCUGGGGUCGAGACUACUCUCCUGGGAAUCCUGAGAAAACUCUGUAUUGGGUGGCACCUCUGAAUGCAGAUGCAAGAAUACUGGAAUAUUACAGACUCUACAACACACUGGAUGAUUUACUGUUGUACACACAUUCUAAACAGUAUCGGAUUGUCUAUGGCCAAGGUGGUGGUGUAACAGUUUAUAACAGGAACAUGUAUGUGAAUUGGUACAAUACUGGGAACAUUGCUAAAGUUAACCUGACUGACAACACUGUUGCUGUAACUAGAAAUCUCCCUAGUGCUGCCUAUAAUAACCGUUUUUCAUAUGCUAAUGUGGGUUGGCAAGAUAUUGACCUUGCUGCGGAUGAACAAGGGCUUUGGGUCAUUUAUGCAACUGAAGCCAGCACUGGUAAUAUAGUGAUUAGCAAACUCAAUGACACCUCACUCGAAGUGCUAAACACUUGGGUUACGAAGCAAUACAAAUCAUCUGUUUCUAAUGCCUUCAUGGUAUGUGGGGUCCUCUAUGCCUCCCGUACUUUGAACACCAGAACCGAAGAGAUUUUUUACUACUAUGACACAAACACAGGCAGAGAAGGCAAUCUAGCCAUUAUAAUGCCAAAGAUGCAGGAAACCAUUCAGAGCAUUAACUAUCACCCUUUUGACCAAAAACUUUAUGUAUAUAAUGAUGGCUACCUUCUGGAGUAUAAGCUGGGUUUCCUACAGGAAUAACAGGGAAAUCUCUAGAUGGUAGAAAUAAUUUUUGUUGAACUUCUCCACUUACAUAGAUAUCUGCUGGAGAAGUGAGUUUCUUUAGUGGUAUUCGGUAAGGAUAGUUGCCCUGAACUAGAGAGCUAGGAUAUUUGUCUUAAUUUGUUAAGUUCU